GAGAGUAAGGAAAGUCAGACAUUAUAGAGACAGAGGGACAAAGCACUCCUAUCCCCACAGACUGCCACUCCAAUCCCACUGCAGAUACACAGGGAGCUUGAUAUUAGGCACCACUAAUUCACUUAUUUUUAUUCUUCAGUUCAAAACUUGUAGUGGAAAAGAUGGCUCACGCAGUGUGUUGUGAUCACUGAGUUUUGCUCAUUGCUUCAUCAGGUAGUUGUGUUUAGGGGUUCAUCUUCCAGGAGACGUUAAAUUUCAUUCCUGAAGGGACUUUUUAAUCUCCCAGCUGUGUCUCUUACUGGAAUACCACCGCUCCUUCUUUGGACUGUCUCAACCUGCCUUCACCAAUGCUGACCGAACCGUGCGGAGCAAUGUCGAUGGGGUCAGAUGUUCGAGAUCUAACCCUCUUAUCUCCCGCACCUCCUGUGCCGUCCUUACCAGGAGCUGGUGGAGGCUGUGGGAUGUCUGUUAAUGGUGGCCAGUGGACCCAACUGCUGGACCUCCACCCUGCUUCUCCCUACAGCUCCCUUCCCUCCCAUCACUCCCUCAUCAAGCAGGAACCAGGUUGGGGGACCACUGAUCCGAUAGAGGACCCUCACUGUGGACUCGGGGCCUUCACAGUGCACUUCUCAGGCCAGUUUACGGGCUCUGGUCCCUGUCGAGUUGGAGCCUUCGGAGAGCCGACUGCAGGUCAACCAAGGGUGUUUCCCAAUGGAACCUAUCUGCCCGGCUGUAUGGACAGUCCUCCCGCACCCAGGAACCAGGGUUAUGGAGCAGUGGGUUUCGACAGCAACCCCAGUUAUGGUCACACUCCCUCCCAUUACACCCCUCAGCUCUCCAGCCUGUCCUUCAAACACGAGGACACGCUGUCACCAUCAAACAACAUAGUUGAGCAGCAGUACCCAGCUCCUCCGCCCAUGUUUGGCUGCCACAGUCCUUCAGAAUCGUGUCCGAGCAACCAGGCUCUACUGCUGAGAAACUACAACAGUGAUAACCUGUACCAAAUGGCAUCUCAGCUGGAUUGUGUAACAUGGAACCAAAUGAACUCCCUGGCAACUUCAAUGAAGAGCAGCGGCCACGCACCCAGCUAUGACAGUGACCCGGCCCCACCUCCACCCAUGCUCGUCAGUGCCCAAUACCACAUACACACACAUGGCGUCUUCAGAGGACUUCAGGAUGUUCGACGUGUGGCGAGCAUUGCUCCAGCAGUUGUAAGGUCAUCAGAGACCAACGAAAAGCGUCCAUUUGUAUGUGCUCAUCCUGGCUGUAGCAAAAGAUACUUCAAACUAUCACAUCUGCAGAUGCACGGCCGCAAACACACAGGAGAGAAGCCAUACCAGUGUGAUUUCACAGACUGUGGCCGCAGAUUCUCUCGCUCAGACCAGUUAAAGAGGCACCAGCGGAGGCACACAGGAGUGAAGCCCUUUCAGUGCGAGACGUGUCAGAGAAAGUUUUCACGGUCAGACCAUCUUAAGACUCACACUCGGACUCAUACAGGUAAAACAAGUGAGAAGCCCUUCACAUGCCGCUGGUCCAACUGUCAGAAGAAGUUUGCCCGCUCUGACGAGCUGGUGCGCCACCACAGCAUGCACCAGAGGAACCUGACCAAGCUGCAGCCUGCCAUCUGAGCAGCCAAGGAGGAGGAGGAGGAGGACGAGGAGGAAGGUGACAAUAUGUUGUGCCAGCUAGUAGAGAAAGACGCUGGAGCCUGGUCAGCAGUUACGGUGCUUUGCCAGACUUUGCUGAAGUGGUGAGCACAGCUGAUGCCUCCCUCUGUAAGCCCAUGUCAAGAGACUGAUGAUCCUCAAGAUCUUUAAGAACAAGCACUUGUUCAUUUGUUCAUAAAAACUCAGACUGAGAGGGUACAAUACCACAUUAUUUCUGAGCCAAGAGGAUUUUUUAUGUGUGAUGAGGAAAAUGUUGAUACACUAUUUUGGAUAUUUUACACUUGCACUGGCUUCUUUUUUAAUGUUAAAUAAAAGUGUCACGUUGAAAAUGUGCUGGACCAUGUAAACUGGAUUUAGGAAAUGGACAAGUGUGUUUUUUUUUUGUCCAUUGAGUUGUGUUUUUUUCUUUGGGGAAUGUAAACAUGUUUAUUUUCUUUCAGUAUAUAUACUCACUAAAUUGCUCUGUAUAUAUGUGCUGUAUUUGCUUUUACUUUUACAGACAUUCCUUUUGUAUUUUCUGUGUUUUUGUAAGUUUAUAAAAUUAUUCACAUUGUU